AUGCAAGUUGACGGUCAGGGCGAAGACGAAGAGGGCGAAGAGGCCGAGGCCGCGGCACCCCCGUCAGAAGACAGCUCUGAGGAACCGGAGGAGGAUGCGGAGGAAGAACGCAGAAUACGGGAAGGGUUCAUCGUCGAUGAAGAUGAUGACGAGGAGGAGGAUGAGGAGGAGAAUAGUGAAGAGGAGCGUAGGAGGCGGCGCAAGAGGCGCAAGAGGCGUCAUCGCAAAGUUGAUGAGGACGAGGACGAGGGACUCGAGGAAGAUGAUCUCGAACUUCUUGAAGAGAACACUGGAGGCACGUUCGCACGCAGCAAGACCAAGCUGACCCGUCUUCGUCGCGGACGCGAUUCAGAAUCACCCCCACGAGCCUCGUCGUCCAAGCGUAAGGCCGUCGUCAUGUCCUCCGAUGACGACCUGGAUGCGGACGAUUUGGAACUUCCCCAAGUUCAGGACAUUCAACGCAUUUGGGAUGAUGAACGGGCAGCGGCUGGGAGGGACGAGGACGAGGAUUUGGACGACAUGGAUAAUUUCAUUGAUUACGACGAGGAUGAGGAUGGAGCUGGAGGCAUGGACGAGGAGGAACGCGAGGAGAGGAGAAGGGAACGCCGGAGACUGGAGAAGGAGCGACGAAAAGCCCUUGGGUCGCGCCCUGAACUAACGGGCAUCGACGCUAAUGCAUGGGAUGAAAUUCAUGAAGUAUUCGGUGACGGUCAUGACUAUGACUGGGCGUUGGCCGACGACGAGGACGAUUUCAAGGAGGAGCAGGUCAAACCCGACAUGAACUACCAAGAUGUUUUCGAACCCUCGGAAAUUCGUGCUCGGCUCCUUACAGAGGAUGAUGAUCUCAUUCGCGCUCGAGACAUACCUGAGCGCAUGCAGCUAGCGACGUCUACCCUUUCUCAAUCAACUUCCCUGUCCAUGCACCAGACAUUCGCAGACGAGGAUAUCGAUGAAGCGGCGACUUGGGUUAUCACCCGUAUCGAUUCCGAAAUAGAGCGGGAGUUCUUCCGGCCGGAUGGUCAACAUUUCGAUCGUUUGGAGGACCUUGUCUCCGCCGUCGCAUACUCUUUGCGCCUUCUUUUCAUCCAGGAAUUCGAGGUGCCUUAUAUCUGGACUCAUAAGCGCGACUACCUCACUUGGUUCCAUGCGAGCGACAUCCGUACUCAGGUCAAUCUUCUCAACUUGGAGCGACUCUGGCGCGUGUAUUAUCUGGGACAAAAGUAUCGAGCCUUACUCGAGCGACGACGAGCUCUAGAAGCCCUCUACACCCGGCUUGGUGUUUCGGACGAGCACUUCGAGAACGAGAUACGCCGGAAGAUCGAUAGCGUGGAGGUUAUUGCGGACACUACGGAAUGGUUGGGUUUGAAGUACAAGGAUGAGAAGAAGCACAAGAAGUCGUUCGAAAUGCACUUUCAUGACGAUGAAGAGGAGGCGGAGCCGGACAAAAAACGGAAACUUCCCAGUCGUUCUUCUGGAUAUGAAGUGGCCAAGAAGAGCGUUAUUUCCAACUUGGCAGAGGGAUUCGGCAUCAAACCCGAAGAGAUCGUCAUGAACUUCGUUUCAUCUGAAACCGCGCACUUCGUCGAGAAUCAAGAUCUUGCACCAGAGGCGUACGCUGAUCAGUUUGUGGAUCCGGACCCUACCAAAGCAUUACCAGUCGCGGAGCUUCUUCGACGGGCACGAAUGAUCAUCGCGACCGAGCUCGGUAAGGAUCCACUCCUAAGGCAGGAGAUGCGACAGGUCUUCAAGGACCACGCAAGAAUCUCCGUUCUACCAACCGAACGCGGAGUGAACAAGAUCGACGAGCAUCACCCAUACUUCGCAUUCAAGUACCUAUACCAGAAGCCCGUCGUGGACCUCCGGGAGUCGUCUCAGUUUCUCUAUAUGCUCGCAGCGGAAUCCGAACACCUCGUCACGAUCACAAUCUUCCUUCCGGACGAGGCAAAGGCCAAUUUCUCUCGCCGUUUGGAAGAAGCCUUCGCGUCGGACAGCUACACUGAUACGGCCCGAGCCUGGAAUGCGGAGCGCUUGCGCGUCAUUAACGAAACCGUUGAGCAGCAUUUGCUUCCUGUCGGAGCCAAGUGGACUCGAGAGUGGUUGAGAGACGAGGUAGAAGACCUCAUGGCGUCGAGAUGUGGGGACACUCUGCGCGAGCGCAUCGAUGUCGCCUCCUACAGACCACCAGAGGCACCCGAGGGGAUACCCUGGGUACUGGCAAUGUCUUGGGGCAAGGGUGACCCUCAAAAAGACGCCAUAACCUGUGUCGGCUUCGACGACGGUGGACGCUUGCGCGAACAUCUCAAAAUUGACAACCUCCAAGAUGCGGAUCCAAAAGCAGAACUUUUAGAACUCCUGAGAAAGCGCCCUUGGAACGCUGUCGUUAUCGGAGGUUUCUCGAUGACAACCACGAAGCUUUUCUCUCUCGUCAAAGAGUUCCUUCAUUCCCCUCCCGAAACAAAUCGGGAUCCGAAUGAGUUUCAGCACAUCGCUCUCAUGUACGCCCAGGACGAGACCGCGCGCAUAUUUCAGCAUAGUAAUCGGGCUGCGGAAGAGUUUCCUUCCUGGCCACCCAUUGCCAAGUACUGUGCAGGACUCGCGCGUUAUGUUCAGAGUCCUCUUAACGAGUAUGCCGCUCUCGGUCCCGACAUUACGUCAAUCUCGUAUGAGGAGGAUCAUCAACAACUCAUACCGCGCGAAAAAUUGUUGUUCGCCCUGGAGCGAGUCCUGGUCGAUGUCACGAACGCAGUGGGUGUGGACGUCAAUCGUGCGGUCAAUGAUGCGUAUUAUCAGCACCUUCUACCAUUCGUCUGCGGGCUCGGACCGCGGAAAGCCCAGGUCCUUGUCAAGAAGAUUGCGAGCCUGGGAGGCACUCUCAUUAGUCGCGAUCAGUUCAUUCGCGCAGAACUUCUGACGACGAAGAUUUUCUUGAACGCUGCUGGUUUCCUUCGCAUAGUACAAGAACAUAUGGAGAAGCCCUCGAAGAGUCGUCACGAUGACGACACGGUCCAGGAUCCUCUUGACGACACCAGGAUCCAUCCUGAGGAUUACGAUUUAGCGCGAAAGAUGGCCACCGAUGCUCUGGAACUCGACGAGGAAGACAUCCAUGGAGAACACCCAUCUCACGUCGUCUCGUUGAUCAUGCAGGAUGCGGACAAUGUCAGGAAGCUCGACGAGCUAAACCUCGAUGAUUUUGCCGUCAGUCUGAUGGAGUCUGGCGGUGAACGCAAACGACUUACGCUUCAACUUAUUCGCGAGGAGCUCAUCAACCCAUUCGCGGAGAAGCGGAAGCCAAUGCCAUCACCGACACCUUGGGAGGUUUUGACAAUGCUGUCUGGCGAGACUCAGAGGACGUUGCGUGUUGGCUUAAUCGUCGCCGUCAUGGUUGUUCGCUUCCCAAAGGGCAAUAUCGUCGCCGUGCGCCUUGACUCGGGGAUCGAAGGUGUCAUUGGUUCCCACUAUUUGACUGAUAAUGGCACAGAGAAGGCAGAGGACGUCGUCAAGAGGGGUCAGACCAUUCCGGGCGUCAUCAUUCACGUCAUUACAGACCUUCCGAACAACAAAUUCCUGGUCGAGCUUUCGUCAAGGCCGACGGACGUAGCAGCGGGCGACAGUCAGUUCAGAAGAGUCAAGCACGACGACGCCUGGAAUCAUUCUCAGUGGGAGCGCGACAAGGAAAUUCAGGCGAGGAAGAAACGCGCCGAGGUCGACAAGACGCGUCGCGUCAUCAAGCAUCCGAACUUCCAUAACUUCAACUCGUCGCAGGCUGAGACUUACUUGGACAAACAACAACGGGGCGACGUGGUCAUUCGUCCAUCGUCCAAGGGGGCUGAUCAUCUGGCCAUCACUUGGAAGGUGGACGACAAGCUCUACCAGCACAUCGACGUUGUGGAGCCUGAUGCUGAUCCUACUGGUCAGAGCAUUGGUACUAGGUUGAUCAUCGACGGAAAAUACGAGUUCUCUGACUUGGACGAGUUGAUUGUCAACCAUGUUCAAGCAAUGGCUCGUCGCGUCGAGGAGCUUAUGGCCUUCGAAAAGUUCAAGGCCGGUCCAGAAGACGAGCUCCAUCUCUUCCUCAAGAACUUCGUUGCCGCCAAUCCUUCGAAGAGUGCAUACGGAUUUGCUCUCAACAGGAAGCGACCAGGACACUUCAGUCUCUGCUUCUUGGCCAACAAGAACGCUACUAUUCAAACCUGGCCUGUACGAGUUGCUCCAGAAGCAUACUAUCUCUUCGAUACACCCGCGACGGGUGUUCCGGAGCUCUGCAACGCGUUCAAGGUCCGCCACAUCCACGAAUCUAAAAAUGCAGGUAGCGGCGCAGGUGGGAAGACCGCUUACGGAGGUCGCACACCUGCACGAACGCCAGCUGCUGCACUGUCGGGUAUGACUCCUGGGCGAAUGUCGGUACGGCAGCCCGCACGUACGCCCAAUCCCUAUGCAGCACCCCCUCCGGUCCCUAGUCGUACACCAAACCCCUAUGGCAGCGCCCCACCUCCCUCGGCAGCUUCUCGAACACCCAACCCGUAUCCUCCCCAAUCAUCUCUUCCCGUACCCCCUGGUAUGCCGCCCUCGUAUCCUCCCGGGGCUGGAUUCGGGAUGCCUCCGCCACAAGCCCCACCGUACGGAUUCCCAGGUGCACCUCCAGCAUGGGGAGUGCAGCCGCCUGCUGUGCCUAAUGCAUUCGGGCAAGCACCCCCAGACCCACAUGGUAUGAAUCCAGCUCGUGCGGCGAUGAUUCAGGGUGCUCCUACGUGGGGUGCUCCCAAUGGGUCUGCUGGAUGGUAA